AUGGAUCUUAUGCGUUUCAGCCGAAUGCCCAAUGUGAUCGACUUCAUUAAGACAAUGACCGCUAGCAUCCCCAAGUUUUGCAGAUUGGGACUCAGCGAUGACGACCUCGUGCGCGUUACUUUGCGGCUUGCAGACUUUUUAUUAAUGUCAAGAAAGUUGGUGGACCACCUUCGCGCACGUGGGAUUCAGGUAUUCUACUGGGUAUGCAACACAGACGAAGAUUUUGACCGUGCCUUCGCCAUGGGCAAAGUGGCCGUAGUGACUGACUAUCCGAGUGAAUUGGUGGCGUACCUCAGGCGUCAUCCUGAAAUUCCAAGAGGAACAUUUUCAAAGUCUAUCUAA